AUGUCCACUCUCGGAGAUAUGGGAUUCACCUCUGAAGGCGUCGCUGCUGACUCCGCCGCCGCCGACUGGCAAUCUGAUAUCGGUGAUGUCUCCGCCGGUAGUAACUUUGCGGACAACCAAAGCGAAGCCAUGAGCGGUGGUAAACAAUCCUCACCCUCACGGCGAACGAUCGGUAGGACUUACCUCUUCGUACGGUCGAAAUGA